AUGGUUCCAACAAUGACUGCUAGUGUAGAAGCUAUGCUUGAAGGAUGGAGAGAUUAUGUAGGUAAGGAGACAGAGGUAUAUGAAAAUUUCAGUGUUUUGACCUCAGAAGUAAUAUCAAAGACAGCUUUUGGAAGCAGUUACUUGGAAGGGAAGAAUAUAUUUGAGAUGUUAGAGAAGUUGGGCAUGGUAUGGUGGACUCCAAUUUACAUUCAAUAUGUCAUGAGAUCUCAAGGAGUCAAAGGUCCUUCUUAUGAAUUCUUCCAUGGAAACAACAAAGAGGUGAUUAACAUGAAAAAAAUAUCCAUGAUCCGUCCCAUGGACUUGUCACACGACAUAUUUUCCAGGAUUCAGCCUCACAUGUACUCGUGGAUCAAGCAAUAUGGGAAGCAUUUUCUUUUGUGGAAUGGUCCUCAAACUCAGUUGGUUGUUACUGAACCUGAGCCAAUUAAAGAGAUACUAAGCAAUAAAAAUGGUGCAUUUCCAAAAAUUAAACUCCAAAGUCAUGCGAAGAAGUUAAUAGGAGAUGGACUUGUGGCUUCAGAAGGUAAAAAAUGGUCAAAGCUACACACACUAUCGAACCAUACUUUCCAUGCUGAGAGUUUGAAGGAGAUGGUUCCAACAAUGACUGCUAGUGUAGAAGCUAUGCUUGAAGGAUGGAGAGAUUAUGUAGGUAAGGAGACAGAGGUAUAUGAAAAUUUCAGUGUUUUGACCUCAGAAGUAAUAUCAAAGACAGCUUUUGGAAGCAGUUACUUGGAAGGGAAGAAUAUAUUUGAGAUGUUAGAGAAGUUGGGCAUGGUAAUAUUCAGAAACGAUGGCAAAGUACGCUUUCCCAUCCCUAAGUAA